GUCACGGCCGAGAGCCUUCCCGUAGCCAUUGACAAAGCAUUGAUCGCCCAACAUGGCCAUCACGCCGACGCAGUUCGCCAAAAAGACGGCGCAAUCGGCCAGCUGGGCGGAUGCAAAGCGCCGAGUCCUGUCCACCUACCGCGAAUGGAUGCGAGCCGCACCCGAGAUCCAAACCAUGUACAACAUCCCGCUGCCCGUCUCCGCCCUCCGCACACGGGUGAGGCAAGAGUUUGAGCAGAACCGAUUCGUCGCAAAGCUCCCCGUCGUCGAUGUGCUCCUUUUCAAGUCGCAUUCGGAAUACCAGGAGAUGAUGAACUUCUGGAAGCAGACGACGCACGUCAUGUCCUACUUCAAGGAGGAGAACUUCAGAGGCGACCAUAGACGGCCGUCGAACUUCAUGCAAGGGUUCUUGGAGGGUCGGAAUUAGAGGAAACGCGGCAGCUACCGUGUGUAUAUAUUGCAAAAAGACCC